AAGCUGUGAAAACAUUUCAUGGAAGUAUGUACAUACACGUAUGAUAAGCUUCACCUAAGCCAAAUUAUAUAGUGCAUACAUAUGGGUAUGGUUUUAAAAGCAUCAAUUAUACCGGGGUGUAAAUAAUUCUGCAAUAUUUGAGAAUGGAUAUAUGCAAAUUUCAUACAGACUGAAAAUUUAGAACUAAUCAUUCCGCACAAACAAUGUCUCAAUUCCUUUUAUCUGAUCGUUUUCAGGCAAGUUUUAUACUAUUAACCGUAACCGUAAUUGUCAUGAUUGCAUUAUUUUCUUCAAAUGAGUAUAAUACUGCGUGGAAGAUGAUAUAUUUUCCACCACCAAACAUUGAAUAUCUUGUCGAAUCGAUUUCCUUCAUGACGAGAUUUCAGCAAAAAGUUGGAUUCCAACCCGUUGGUGAUGGAUUGUUCCUCUACUCAGCUUUCUACUUUAACGACAAAAGCAAGAAUGGUCAACCAGCAAAAAUCCGGAUUGUUGCAUUGGACGCAAGAGCAGAGGCUCGUGACUUGUAUUGUGUUUUUCUCUGUAGUGGAGGAGAUAGCUAUGGUGAAACUAAUAUGCAAAUAAUUACGGGGAAAGGGUACAGAGUAAUUUGUGAAGAUCCGUACGGCCGAGGACUUAAAUAUGGCCAAGUUUACAUCGACUGUGAACUACCCCAAAAUGCAAUAGUAGACCCACCCAAAUUUGUAUCUGUAUAUCAUACAAAUUAUAACUUGGAAAUUUUUGGAAACAUUUUGAAAAUUAACUACCCCCCACCGAGGCAGGAAAACCCGAUUUAUAAAGUUGCAUCAUGCACGCAACCAUUCUACACAUUGGGAGAAAACAUGGGAAAACCAGUUGAACUCGUGGAAUGGAUGGAGUACCAAUUAAUGAUGGGGGUGGAGCAUUUCCUAUUUUACAAUAUUUCUAUGAGUUCCGCUUUCGCCACAGUUUUACAAAGUUAUGGAGAUGUUAUCACCCUGCUCCCAUUUAACCUCCCCAUUAAGGAGAAGGACAUCGUGAGUCGCGGACAAUUUAUUCAAGCAAACGAUUGCGUUUAUCGUUACAGAGAUGUGGCACGAUACGUGACUACGCUCGACAUUGAUGAGUUUCUCAUCCCAUCCGAUAAAUUUUCAAAUUACGGUGACAUGAUUGAUUUUAUUCUGAAGAGUGAAGAUGUCAAAAAAUUGGGAGGCGUGAUCAAUCAAUUAAACUGGCAGUCGUAUUUUUCCUUUGCAAAUUGGCCGACGAGGGACAUGAGUAAUUUAUCGACGGAGGUUUUUGACGCUAAUCUACUUCGAUUAACCACUCGAAUCAAAUUCUUGGAGGGAAACCAAUCCAAAUUUGUCGAACUUCCUGACAACGUCUUGGAGUCAUCGGUCCAUUUCGUUACAGUCGGAGUAAAUGGAUCAGAGCGAUACACUCCACCGUAUGAUAUUGGACAUUAUCUCCAUCUUAAAGAAUGUAUUUGGUAUUUUGAAAAACCAAAUGAAAUUUUAAAAGAUAAUGCAACCUGUCUUGGGUCAGUUUAUGAAGAAAAUUUAAACCGAAGUAUUAGAUUUGGAGAUAUGUUAACAAAACGUGUUAGUGAAAGGGUCAAAAUUUUAAUUAAAAUGGAUCCAAAGUUAGCUAAUUAUUUCAAAAUUAUACGUACUAAUAAUAGUGAGACAACGAAACGACCUAAAAAAAUAGGCAACUGAGGAUGAAUUAGAAAAUUUGGUUUAUUAUUAAUCAGCUUCAGAAUACCGUAAGCAAAAUCUUUGUCUUUCCAUCUGUAUGCAGAAUGACCCUAGAAAUGAUCAAAAUUUAUUAAAUCUGUUUUCGAAUAUCGACGUUUAAUUUUCCAUGUGAAUUGACCAAGAACAGCCUGACCACACUCUCUAGCGUUGAGUAUAGGUGGUCCGAUUGACCCCAUCUUCAAACUCACCCACCCUGCCUCAAAACUAGAUGUUGAUACCAGUAAAUAGAUUUCUAAAUUAUUGAUUCGUCAAGUUAUCCAGCUGACAGACGGAAGGACGGACGGACGGAUAAAGUCUUCGCAUAAAGUAGCUGAAGCUAAAUACUUACAACUUAUUUAAUAAUGAGUGAUCUUUUUGCAAGAAAUUUAAUCAUAAAGGGUAUUUUGUUUGUUAACCCUUAUUCAAAUGUCAAUAAAUAUACGACUGAUCUAA